AUGCGAUUCAAAUUCAAAUUUAUCAUAUUUCUAUUUUAUUUCAAUUUAAAUUCGGUGAAAAAUGAGGAAUUUCUGCCUUGGCGAAUGUUUGGCGGGUUUAUCGAUCGACAAUGUCAAAAUUAUGGAGAUUAUUUGGAAGCCAGAGAUUUUGCACUAGCUGAUCGAUUAGCACUACGAGCAAAAUCUAUCGAAAAAUAUUUUACUAGGAAAUGUUGUAGUAUACGAAUGUCCUAUAGAGAUAUUGGUUAUUAUGAAGUUGAGCUAACUCAUGUGCAAUUUGGAGUAUGGUAUGUUUAAGAUUAAUAGUUACGCCAUCAACGUUAAACGUACGAUACUAAAUUUCUAUUUACACAUAAAGCUAUAAAUUGAUUUUUUUCUCGAGCGGAGCCGCUGCGCGGAAGAUAGUGCCGCUGACGCGGAAGCUUGCGGUCUACACUCGCGCAGAGCGCUCGAGCUCUAGGCUUAGGCAAGCUUCCGCGUCAGCAGCACUAUCUUCCGCGCAGCGGCCAAGCCUCACACCCUAUGUGAGCCCUAAGCCAAGAGCUCGAGCGCUCUGUGCGAGUGUAAACCGCAAGCUUCCGCGUAAGCGGCACUAUCUUCCGCGCAGUGGCUACGCCUUGAACCCUAAGCCUAGAGCUCGAGCGCUUUGUGCGAGUGUAGCCCGCAAGCUUCCAGAAAAGUUAGGCUAACUUUGCCGCUGCGCGGAAAAAAGUGAUGUAUAAAGCUAUAAAAGUUAUGUUCCCAGGUAUGUAUCGCAACAUCCGUACACUUCGAGAAAUCAGAAGGUUCGAUUCAGUCGACCAAAUCAGAAAGAGGAAUUGUUGGUUGAAUGGGCACCGAUGGAUUUGAGUGUGGGACAGUUGAAUGAAACGAAUCGAUAUUAUUUUGAGAAUAAUUUAUUGAAUAUGGUGAGGGUUUUUGUUAACUUUAUGAAGUUGAACGAAAAAAUAACAUCUUUCUGGUUUUUGAACCUAAAAAUAUUGAUUUUUGAGUUUAGCAGUUGAUUUUUUUGCUCCUAAAGGGAUCUUUCAGCGAAAAUUAUCAGUUUUCUGGCUCCUCGAGCUCAAAAAUCAUUUAUUUUUGCUCCAGAACCUGUAAAUAAACGCAAUUGCGUGGGAAUUCUGCUCUUGGAGCUAAAAUUUAAUUCUAGACUGAAAAAUAUAUGAUUUCUAGCUCCAGGAGCUCAAGUAGACCAAGUUUGCUCAUAUUUUUAUGCAUUUAGGGCUCACCGACUUACAUUAAAAAAUUUUAUGUCAAUUUUUCCUAUGAUUUUUUUCCAGGUCGUUGAAUACGGUGAUGUACGAAUGCAUUGCUCAUUUUAUCAAACGAAAGGCGAUUCACCGUAUUUGAAGUAG